AUGGCUGACAAGGGUCUUGAGGAUGUGCCUGAGGGCCAGAUCGAGUCGAACUACGAUGAGACCGUCGACUCUUUUGAUGACAUGAACCUGAAGUCGGAGCUCCUCCGUGGUGUCUACGCCUACGGUUUCGAGCGUCCCUCCGCCAUCCAGCAGCGUGCCAUCAUGCCCGUCAUCAAGGGCCACGAUGUCAUUGCUCAGGCUCAGUCCGGUACUGGCAAGACCGCCACGUUCUCCAUCUCUGUCCUCCAGAAGAUCGACACCAACGUCAAGGCCUGCCAGGCUCUGAUCCUCGCCCCCACCCGUGAGCUUGCUCAGCAGAUUCAGAAGGUCGUCGUCGCCAUCGGUGACUUCAUGAACAUUGAGUGCCACGCCUGUAUCGGCGGCACCAGCGUCCGCGACGACAUGAAGGCCCUGCAAGACGGUCCCCAGGUUGUUGUCGGUACCCCUGGUCGUGUUCACGACAUGAUCCAGCGCCGCUUCCUCAAGACCGACAGCAUGAAGAUGUUCGUUCUUGACGAGGCCGACGAGAUGCUUUCUCGCGGUUUCACCGAGCAGAUCUACGACAUCUUCCAGCUGCUCCCCCAGAGCACCCAGGUCGUCCUUCUGUCCGCCACCAUGCCCCAGGACGUCCUUGAGGUCACCACCAAGUUCAUGCGCGACCCUGUCCGCAUUCUCGUCAAGAAGGACGAGCUUACCCUCGAGGGUAUCAAGCAGUUCUACAUCGCCGUUGAGAAGGAAGAGUGGAAGCUCGACACUCUCUCCGACCUGUACGAGACUGUCACCAUCACUCAGGCCGUUAUCUUCUGCAACACCCGCAGAAAGGUUGACUGGCUCACCGACAAGCUCACUGCCCGUGACUUCACUGUCUCCGCCAUGCACGGUGACAUGGACCAGGCUCAGCGUGACCUGAUUAUGAAGGAGUUCCGUUCCGGAUCUUCCCGUGUCCUGAUCGCCACUGACCUCCUGGCCCGUGGUAUCGACGUCCAGCAGGUCUCUCUGGUCAUCAACUACGACCUUCCCGCCAACCGCGAGAACUACAUCCACCGUAUCGGUCGUGGUGGCCGUUUCGGUCGUAAGGGUGUUGCCAUCAACUUCGUUACCGCCGAGGAUGUCCGCAUGAUGAGAGAGAUUGAGCAGUUCUACAGCACCCAGAUCGAGGAGAUGCCCAUGAACGUUGCCGACCUUAUCUAA